UAGUGCCGGUCCGAUCGCUCGCUGGAGCGCGCGUAUUUCGGAUUUCGAAUUUGGAACUUUACUUUUUUUUUAAUCGAUAAAGGAUACGAUUUUAACGCCGAAAGUGAUUGUGUUAUUUUUUAAUUUUACGAAAUCUUAAGACACGUUCAAAAUGGAAAAAGUGUGGUAUUCUGUGUUACUCUUUAUAUUAAUUAAUCAAGUUUUUGCAACUGAUCGCAACUGCUCGCCUUUGGACAGCAUCAACAGUUGCAACGAGUGCAUUCGGUGCCAUGGCUACUGGUGCAACAAUCCAAAAGAGCCUUACCGCUGCGUGGCGACGCGCGACGACGACUGGUGCGUUAGCCACCAGGAGCCAGUGCCCAUCAUCAACGACGUGGAGGUUCCCGGGACCUUCUUCAGUCGCAAGUUCAGGACCAAGACGAUCCACUCUGGGAUGGACUUGUUCGAGGUCACCUUCCCCUACAAAGGGGAGGCUAAGGUGACCAUUUCCUCCAACUCUACACAAGAGCCCGUCGAAGCCUUCAACACGACGUCAUGCAAGGACGGCGUCUGCACAGUGUCGAUCGAGUCCCAACCCGACACCGGCUUCUGCAGGAAUGACGGAAGGGUUGAAGAGUUCUACACCAUCGCGAUGAAGGUGAACGGGAGUGAUGAGGAGGUGGUGAUGAGGAACCACGUGCCGUGCGCAUGCGAGUGCAGCCUGCAUGUGGAAGUCCGAUCCACGAAGUGCAGUGAGCGAGGAAACUUUUCCUGUGGCACCUGCGAAUGUGAGAAGGGAUGGCACGGCGAGACUUGCGAGCUGCGAGACGUAGCAACAGGAGGGACUAAAGGGACAACAGCAGGAGCUGGCCACGCGUGUGACCAUGGCGUCUGGAUUGAUAGCAAGUGCCAAUGCAAUGAACCCUGGCACGGCGACUCCUGCCAGCAGCGAGACACGAAGUUCGACUACAGGUGCAAGGGACACGGCAUCUGGAGCGACGGCAAGUGCCAAUGUCAUGGACACUGGAGCGGGGAGUUCUGCGACACGUGCAAUACGCGGGGGGACAUCGCCGCCUGCAGCGUCCGCAAUGAACAAUACGGUGAAUGCUCCGGGCACGGGAUCUGCGAGUGCGGCUGCGUGUGCUUCAACAACACGAUCGGCUCCCGCUACUUCGACCCCACCAACUACUGCGAGGACCUGUGCAUGGCCAUCAGCAAUGACUGCGACACGUGCGCGUUCACCUCCAAGCCGGGGCGGUGCGACGAGUGCAAGUUCCCCCUCACGCGCCAGCCCUACGUCGAGUCCAGGCUGGAGGAGAGAGACGAGCUGAACCGGGACAUGUGGGUGAGGUGCAACGACACCCUCGACGGCUGCACCGUGGAGUACGUGGCCAUGAGGGACGACGCCGGCGAGACCUUCAUCAUGAUCGUCAAGUCCUGUGAUCCCGUCACGGGAGCCGCUACCGGGCCAGUCGCUGUAACCGUCCCCAUACUUCUUGGCGUGCUGCUACCUCUGGUAGCCGUGCUGGCAGCAGCUGGGUUCUACUUGUGGAAGAACCGAACACCCCCCCUCCCUCUCACGGACCCAGAGUACCAGAAUAUCGAUGCUGAGGACUGCACGGGCGAGAACCCACUGUACAAACCCCCCACGUCAUCCUUCAAGAACCCUACUUAUGGGAAAUGGCAGUGAUGAUGCUACCUGAAUCAUCGGUGACUACCCAACACUGCCUGCGCGACCUCAUGGCAUGGAAACUGGAACAUGGAGACAGCAUGGAGGCAGAUACAGGCUUAGGGCACUUGCCGAGUAGAGUCGCGCCCGUGUGGCGGUCUCUCGGUCAAUAAAAUUAGCCGAAAGCACUGCCACUAUACUCGGUAGGUGUAACAAGACCCUUAGAAAGACCGCCAUUAGCCAUAGUAAUUUUGUUUGUGCGAAAAUUUACUUCCAGAUUGUAGGUAAACGACAGAUUUCGCUUGUGUCUGAAGUACAAGCCUCACUUGCAGGGAUCAGUAUUAAAACUGACCUGACAUUAGCUCUUCCAUAAAUACGAAGAACGACAAAAACAGUAGAUAUGAUAUUUAAUCUAAACAUAACUCAAACAGAGCGACUGAAAGCCUUUUAUCUUUCUUAUAAAAAAUUAAUUUCUAUGGUGUUCAUUUUGAGCCUGUUAGAGUCAGUAGGUUGCAGCAACGAGUUAUCAUUUAACGAGUUUUAACGAGUUAUGCAUUGAGCUACAGACCUCUAUGAUAAGGAAAGCUCUACGAAGGCUUGUUUUCUGUGUUACAUAACUAAACACAAUCUACCUACUGUUUGCUCAAUAAGUAUUCAUGGAAUAUUCAAAUGUAUGAUUUGUAAAACAAUAUGAAGAGUUAAAAGACCAAUAAUAAUGUAAACAACAUAGAUCUUUACUAUGCUACAUAUAAGUUAUGCCUGUUAAAGUUUUCAUCAUUUGUUGUAGUAAUUAACCAAGAUAAUAUGGUAUCGAAUUAGUUACCAAUUCUAGAAACUACAGGCGCUGUUUCGGUGGCAUACAAGUUUUACUUAACUUCUACAUAGUGUGACUCUCAGUAGAGUUCGCACUUGUUUGUAUGUUUGUAUUAAUACAUAUUUUGUACCAUGAUAACGUUACUUUUAAUCACAAGAUCUGUUUAUGACAUACUCCUAAGGGGGUAACCGGUUGUAUAAUGUUCCAUGCCUAAUCAGGGCCCUUAGUAAAAUUGCAUUCGAUAGUCUUGACAACGAAAUUAGAAUUUAGUAAUCAAAAUGUUAUGGUAUUUGACACAUAUCGCUAGCGCCAUGUUUUUUUAGCGAUGCGUAUUGUCGAAUCCCUAAACUUUUGAUAUUUGCUAUCAAAACAAUGUACUUAAUGCAAUUUGACUAAGUGCCCAGUAGCGAAUGUAAAUAGUUAGUAAUAGUUUAUGUAAUACCUCUGUGAUAUUUUAAUAGUUUACGUAGUGAUUCAUCGCGUGGUUAGUUAAUCGGUGCUUUGAAUAAUUCAUAAAUAUUGGAAAUCAGUUGUAUGGAAUACAUGUUAUAAAGGAAAGCCAAUAGCCAUAAGCACUUGCAACUAAGUACUCUUAUUUCGUUUGUUAAUUUUUGACGGAUGACGGCUAUCAUAAUAUGGGGCAAGUUUACUGGUUUGUACUCAUGGAGUACAAACCAGUAGACUUUGGUAUUAACUAUUUCACUGAGAUUUUAUAGAAUUUAUAAGAAUUUUGGUUGAUAUUUUGUUUUGUAAUUUAGUAUGUUGUGUGUUUAUUAUUACGGACUUGAAUCUCGAUUCUCGUGUAUACUUUGGCGUUAAUAAUAAUUAAUGUUAUAUCGUAUAAUAAUUAAGCCGAUGACAGUGCAAUAGGGAUUUGUGGCUGUCCUACGAAAGAGUUCGGAAUGAUUUAUAAACAAAAAGUAUACUUAACCAUUUAUAGCGGGUUUCGGCAAACAAUGGUUUAUAAGUCAAAAUUAGUACCUAAUAACUAAUUUAUUGAAGGAUUAAGAAUACUUUGAGAAUACUAUUCGUAAAUUCAGUGCCGGCCCGAGGCAAGUUUUAGGAGGCCCUAUCAUGGGUCUUGGCGCCUUGAGUGGCCGCUCAGUUCGCCCCUAUGGUAGAGCCGGCCCUGCAUACAUUAUUAAUUUGUAGAUAUUUUAUACUUAAUUAAGAGGCUUUUGUAAAUUGUAACUUUCAAAUUCUUUUUAAUUUAAUUUAUGUAUUUAUAGCUAUUAAUUAGAUACCAUUUAAAAUAUUUAACUGUUAAGUUUAGGUAUUUCUGAUAAUAACACAAUUUUUCUAGAUCAUACAUCAAGGUCUGAUUAGUUAAGUCAUUGGUUACAAUUAGAUAUUUAAUAAAAAAUAAACAAAAUUACUUUCUA